AGGGAGGGGAGGAAGCAACUCAAUUGCUACUAAGGUAGGGUGUGACCGCAAAGUAAUUCAGACAAAGAACAUUCCCGUGGGUCUCGAGAGCAGCGGUGCUGUCAUGUUACUCACUUCACCAGCGGAACGCAGAGCGAGCGGCGUGAGAUCAGACGUUUACCUGAACACUGCACUGAACCGCUGACAGGAAGCAGAGAUCGUGGUCAUGAUUGGUAUGAUUGGUGAGUGGUUGUGGUGGGACCGGCUGUGGCUGCCGGGGAACCUCACGUGGGCCGAUCUCAAAGAUGAGGAAGGGCUUGUCUAUGCCAAAGUUUCCCACCUCUACGUCAUUGUGCCGUAUGCUUUAGUCUUCCUGCUAGUCAGAUACUUGUUUGAAAGGUUAAUAGCGACACCGUUUGCAGCUUCGUUUGGCGUUUCAGAGAAGACCGGAUACAAAGUGGAGCACAAUGCUGUUCUUGAACAUUAUUUCAAUACAAAGUCAAAAAACCCAGGACAGGCAGAUAUAGAUGGUCUGUGUAAAAAAUGCAGCUGGUCAAGUAGACAAGUGGAGCGCUGGUUCAGGAGGAGACGAAACCACGACCGUCCUAGUGUUCUGAAAAAAUUUAGAGAGGCCAGUUGGCGAAUGGUGUUUUAUCUGGGGGCGUUCAUUGGUGGAAUCAUAGCCCUGUAUGAUAAACCCUGGUUUUAUAAUUUGCGGGAGGUAUGGAAGGGUUAUCCCAAACAGUCCAUGCUGGAGUCACAGUAUUGGUAUUAUAUUGUGGAGAUGAGCUUCUAUUUGUCUCUAGUGCUCAGAAUAACAUUCGAUGUCAAACGAAAGGACUUUAAAGAACAGAUCAUCCAUCAUUGGGCCACACUGACACUCUUGGCUUUCUCCUGGUGUGGAAACUACAUCCGGGUCGGGACCCUGGUCAUGCUCAUUCACGAUUCUUCAGACAUUCUUUUGGAGUCCGCUAAGAUCUUCAACUAUGCCAAAUGGGAAAAAACAUGCAACAGCAUCUUUGUGGUAUUUGCUGCUAUCUUCAUAGUCACGCGACUCAUAAUCUUUCCAUUUUGGAUCAUUCACUGCACAUGGGUUUACCCGCCUGACUAUUACCCACCAUUCUUUGGAUACUACUUUUUUAACUUCAUGCUUGUCGUCCUGUUGAUGCUCCACAUAUUCUGGGCAUAUCUGAUUCUACGUAUGGUGAAGAUGUUCCUUUUCGGAAGUUUAACCAAAGAUGAGAGAAGUGACAAUGAAGAAGACGAGGAAGAGGACGGGGAAACCAUUGUGACCGAGGACAAUGACGGACAUGUGAAAGUGACCAAUGGCUGUGGUGGAGGCGGAGCUAAUCAUCACUGACACAUCUUUCCUUAAACUGUGAAUGACUUUGAAUUGGCCUCAGGGAUGUGAGGAGCCAAAAACAUAAUUUGGAUUUAUUUCCACACAUAAUAUGCCAGAGACCUGUCAAAACAAAUUGCAUCUUUUAAUAACACUGAAAACCCUUUUUUUUCUCUCAACUCGGCUUCACUGGAUGUGAGGCGCUGUGUCUUGGCUGCUUUAAACCUAUUUUCCCCCUUUCAACUAAUAUAAGAACUUUUUUAUUGUGGCACAGGAUCACAUGGGUAAUUAUGAAAGAACACCGCACAAAGAAAAAGAAACCCCUUGUAAGAUUUAAUAGACUGCUCAUUGUUUUUGAAGCUCAAAGAUCACGUCAC